GCAAGUUACCUUUAAAUAAGUGAAUAUGUAGAGAAGUUACAUACUCUAGGGUCUAGGCUCUCCUUCCUUUAAAAAAGAGGAGGCGUUGAAAUAGAACUUGUCUAGUCUUGCAUAACAAUGCUUAAGCAGAGGCAGAAAGAAAAUGAGUGGGGAAAUAGAGUUAGAGGUUGAGGUGGUAGACACAAAAUGCAUAAAACCAUCCACACCCACACCCCCACACCUCAAAACCUUCAAACUCUCUCUACUGGACCAGCUUUCCCCUAACAUCCAUGGCAACAUCACCCUCUUCUACCCUCGCACUCACACAAACACACUUCACUUCCACGCCAAAUCCCAACUCCUUCAAACCUCCCUCUCCCAAACCUUAACCCGCUUCUACCCCCUCGCCGGACGCCUCCACAACGCCGCCACCGUCCACUGCAACGACCACGGCGCCACCUUCAUCCAAACCCGAACCCACGCCACCCUCUCCGACAUCCUCACACCCCCAAACUUCCACACCCUCCAACGCCUCCUUCCAUCUUCCCACGACCAAACCCUAACAACCUCAUCAUCAAACGCUCCCAUUCUCCUCGUCCGCUUCACCUCCUUCCGCUGCGGCGCCGUCGCUCUCACCAUUUCUCUCUCUCACAAGAUCGCCGACAUAGCCGCCCUCGUCGCUCUCCUCCAAACAUGGACCGCCGCCUUCACCGCCGCCACCGCGCCUCCUCUCCCCGAACUCGGCGCCGGCGCCGCUCUCUUCCCUCCGAGAGACAUUCCCGGCGUGUCCGCUUCCGUGAAAACCGUCUCCUCCCAGAAGUUUACUUCCACAAGGCUCGUUUUCGACGCCUCCAAGGUUAGAGAGCUAAAGGACAAAGUGAAAAGCGCGCUCGAAGUUCGAGGACACGAAGGUUCCGUGUUUGAGCCUUCGAGAGUGGAGGUUGUUCUGUCGCUCAUUUGGAAAUGCGCCUUGUCGGCUUCUCGCUCCAAAACGGCGUCGUUCACGCGUUCGGUUAUGUUCCAGGCGGUGAACCUCCGUCCCCGGAUGGAUCCAGCGGUGGCGGACGCCGCCGUGGGAAACUUCGUGUGGCCGUUCGUGGUGACGGCGGAGGAGGAAGGGCACGUGGAGCUGCACGUGCUGGUGAGGAGGAUGAGGGAGAGUAUGAGGGAGUUUUUGGAGACGAAGGCAGAGAGGUUCAAAGAGGGUGGUGGUUUUGGAGUGGUGAUGGAGAGUUUGAAGGAGAGGGGUGAAGUUAGCAAAAAGGGUGGUGUGGUUUAUAAGUGUUCGAGUUGGUGUAAGUUUCCACUGCUUAAGGUUGAUUUUGGUUGGGGUGAGCCUGUGUGGACGUGCAGUGUCAAUAAUAUUGUGAGUAACACCAUUGCUUUGAUGGAUACUAAAGAUGCUGCUGGGGUUGAAGCUUUUGUCACUCUUGAUCACCAUGAAAUGGAUCUCUUUCAACAACACCACGAGCUGUUGCAUUAUGCUUUCAUUAACCCUACUCUUAUACUCUGACUCUCUCAUAUAUCUUGUCUAUCACUAUUUUUUUUUUUUUAGUUUCUUUGUUGUAUUAAACUUUGGGGAGUUAAAUGUUUGAACAACAUACGAAGUUCAAUUGAAUAUGAAAUGUUAUUCUAAGAUCAUACUAUAAAGUAACCAACUCCCAUAUGCUUAUGUACAUGUUACGUAUAUUUUUUAGUAUUAUAUCAUGGAUCUCGAUCA